AUGUCUGCACAGUCCAACAAUAUAGAAACAAAGUUUCCGGGAAAUUCGAAUAAACUCGCUGCCUUCGUGGCUCAUGCAGCCAUCCAUGUGCGCGAAACCUGGGUCCCCAUUGGAUCGACGAGUCCCUUCCUGACUCUUCUAUCAGGAACGCUGCAAAUCAAGGCUUUCCAGGAAAACUCUCUCUUUGUGCGUGAACAGCGAAGCAGACGUUGUCGCGCUUACUCCGCGGACCAAGAUGAAGACAGGAAGACUUUGAACGUAGCCAAUGCCGUCUCCUGUGAGAAGGCUGUAGGCGGCAAGUUGUUUCUCAUUGCUCGCGACAGCCCACCGACACACGCAUAUAUACAUGUCUGGGCGGCCACAGACGCGAAGAUCGGUUUUCAAAGCCUGCCCAUCUUCAAUCAUGACUCGUUUUCUGUCCGGUCGGCUUCCGGGCCUAUCAGAGUGGAGAAAGCAUCAUUAACGUCCAGGAAGCGGAAAACUGUUUAUCCACAAUCUUACUCUUGCGCACUAGCCGAAGCAGUCAUUCCAUUACCCAUGACUUUUCCUUCUGCGACGCCUCAUCAAUUCUCGAUACGAGGGCAACACCAUAUGCAGGUUGGUGUUGCAACAGAGUAA